AUCAAUUUAUAAAUAUUUUAGCUCCUCGAUUUCAAAGAGAAUCUGCCUGCCACUGCCACAUAUAGACUACAACGAAACAUUUAUGAUGAAAAACAGAAAAAGGAAAAAGAACUUAAACUAACCUUUGACUAAUCCCUGCACAUUUGGCUUAUGAUCCGCUCCCGAGAGCCUCGUGACUCACCAGCACUAACCCAGACUCAGUUCACUCGCUUCGCAACUCGAUGUAGCCGAGUGUGAUGACUGAUGAGGUUGUCCCAAGUUCUGCUCAGAUCCCGAGUGAGUUUGUGAGUCAUGGGAAGCUUGGAUGCGCAUGGUUUAGAUGAGGGCACUUUCAUCCGCAAGUCCAAAGCUAAGGAGUUUGAGGAGAAGACGUAUGAAGAGCUUAAGAACGGUAAAUAUCAGGUCAAAAAAUCCGGCAACGCCUACACGUGCCCUUACUGUUUCGACAAACGAAAGCAUGAUUUCAAGUACAAAGAUCUACUGCAGCACGCCAGUGCCAUUGGUGCUUGCACCACAAAUAAAAGAAGUGCAAGAGAAAAGGCUAAUCACCUUGCCCUCGCAAAGUAUUUGGAAAAAGACAUACCCGUUGAGGAGGGCCCUUCAAACCCACUUCCCGAGGUAGAUUUCCUUGCAGACCACGACCAUCACGAGAUUUUUGUAUGGCCGUGUAUUGGGGUACUUGUCAAUAUUCCAAUGGAACUUAAAGAAGGCCGAUAUGUGGGGAAGAGUAGCUGUGAGCUCAAGAGUCAGUUUGCAAAGAGAGGAUUUAACCUGAUGAGGGUGCAGCCCUUGUGGAAUGCCCAAGGCCAUUCAGGGACCGCAAUCGUUGAGUUUCGUAGGGAUUUGUCCGGAUUUACCAAUGCAAUGUGUUUCGAGAAAGUUUACGCGGCUCGUCGUCACGGAAAAAGCAAUUGGCUGGUAAAGAAUUCGAAAAAGUCGGGCCUCCACGCGUGGGUCGCUCGAGCAGACGAUUAUAACGCUAAUAACGUUUUGGGAGAAAAUAUUCGCAAGAUUGGGGAACUUAGGACAUUGUCGGAUAUCAUGGGAGAGGAAGCUCGGUUAAGUUACUUAUGCCCUUACUGCCCUACCACGAGCAAGCGAAAUUUCCGGUUUAAAGACCUCUUGCAGCAUGCGAGUUCGAUCGCGAGUUGUGACUCGAAAAGAAGAACCGCUAGAGACAAGGGGAAUCACCUUGCCCUUGCAAAAUACUUAGAAACAUACGUAAUCGAUGAUGAUUGGUCUGCUGCUAUGCCUUCGGAUGAGUUACGUCCCGUACUAAACUGUAACCGUAUUGAUGAUGUGGCGAAGGCUGAAGUGGAUCGGCAUGCGGACAAUGAGCAUGAUGAGAUGUUUGUCUGGCCAUGGAUUGGCAUCAUCGUCAAUAUUUCUACUGUAGUUAAGGAUGGCCAUUGUGUGGGAGAGAGUGGUAGUAAAUUGAGGGAUCAGUUGACAACUAGAGGAUUUAGUCCGACUAGAGUUCGGACAUUAUGGAAUCUUCAUGACCAUUCAGGAACUGCUAUUGUCGAGUUCGAAACAGACUGGUCGGGGUUCACAAACGCCAUGUCAUUCGAGAAAGCUUAUGAGGCUAGUCAUCAUGGGAAGAGCCAUUGGUUAGCAGAAAACGAGGAAAAGUCGGGCCUUUACGCGUGGGUUGCUCGUGCGGACGACUAUACUUCUAAUGAUAUCAUAGGAGAAAGUCUUCGCAAGAUUGGGGAUCUGAGAACCAUAUCCGAUGUCAUGGAAGAAGAGGUUCGAAAGACGAAGAAGCUUGUCAGCAAUUUAACCAGUGCUAUUGAGGUGAAGAAUAUGCACUUGCUGGAGAUGGAGAGUAAGUUCAAGGAGACCGAGAGCUCCCUUCGCCAGUUGAUCGUGGAAAAGGAUAGCAUCCAUCAAGCUUACAAUGAAGAGAUAAAAAAGAUUGAGGCUGGCGCACGAGAUCAUUUUAGGAAGAUAUUCAUUGACCACGAGAAGCUGAAAUCACAAUUAGAAUCUCAAAAGAGAGAGCUUGAGCUCCGGGGUCAAGAACUUGUUAAGCGUGAGACGCAUAAUGAGAUGGAGAAGAAAAAGCUUGCGGAUGAGCUUGAACAGAAUGCCGUGAAGAAUUACUCUCUUCAAGCUGCUGCUGAGGAGCAACGUAAGGCCGAUGAAAAUGUAAUGAAGUUGUCUGAAGAACAUAAGAAGGAGAAGGACAGACUCCAUAACAGGAUCAUUCUACUGGAGAAACAACUGGACGCCAAACAAGCAGUACAGCUUGAGAUUGAGCAGUUGAGAGGUAAACUAAAUGUGGUGAAGCACAUGGGAGAUGAAGGCGAUUUAGAAGUGUUAAACAAAGUGGAAAUACUGCUCAAGGCAAUGAGAGAGAAAGAAGGAGAACUUCAAGAACUGGUCUCAUUAAACCAAACUUUAAUUGUGCAGGAGCGCAAGAUAAAUGAGGAAUUACAGGAUGCUCGGAAAGAAAUGGUUAAUGGCUUGAAAGAAAUGCCAAUAAAAUCUCAUAUUGGUAUCAAGAGGAUGGGAGAACUUGAUAGCGAGCCAUUUUAUCAAGCAAUGAAGAGAAGAUACAAUGAUGCUGAAGCAGAUGAGAGGGCUACUGAGUUGUGCUCUCUGUGGGAAGAGUACCUUAGGGACCCUGAAUGGCAUCCUAUAAAAGUGGUUAACAGUAAUGGUAAUUACCAGGCUGUGAUAAAUGAAGAUGACGAGAAACUACAAGACCUGAAGAAGAAUUAUGGAGACGAAGUAUACAAUGCUGUGACAUCAGCUUUGUGUGAGAUAAACGAAUAUAACCCGAGCGGAAGGUACAUAAUUUCAGAACUGUGGAACUACCAUGAAAGUAGGAGAGCUUACCUUAAGGAAGGAGCUGAGGUCCUACUGAUGCAGUGGAGAUCCUACAAGCGAAAGAGGUGAAUCGAUUAUGUAAUUUGGUGUAUUAUUGUACUAACUUAAAAAAGUUUAAGAGAAAUAAACAUCAUAUUAUAUAUGGUGGCUCCACUCUUAUUGAACUUGUGACAGAUGUAGAAUUAAUUUAAUGUCUUGUUUUUAUUACAUUUAUUCUUGACUUGGAUGCUGAUUUGUCAGAUUCUUGUGUACUUGAUUUGAUAUAGAUUGUGUAACGAUUAUUUGAAAAUAAUUCUAGGAAUUAAUAAAUCUGGCUCUUUCUCUAUUGUUUGCGACUGUUUUAGAAUGAUCUGAGUUUGAGUUUGAGCAGCUUGUUUUGACUUUAGCUAUAUCUCAGUAAGUUAGAGAGGUCCAUUCAACUAGCUGAGAACAUUUAUGGUAGCUAAAGUUAGUUUGGGAGAUCAUGUGCAUGUUAGUUAAAAUCGUUUACAG